AUGCCUCCAACCACGGUACUAAGUACCUCCGGCGUCAUUUCAACACAUAUUCCUUGCACGGCUGAGGCGGUCACUGAAAGCACUGUCCAAAGUGACGAUAAGCUAAUUAAAUCACUAAUCUCAACUGAUAUGGUUUCAUCAUUGGAUCGUCAGCUGGGCCAGUAUUCCGCCUCCGAGGCUAUCCCUUUAACAUCCCACAUGGUACCAAGGCAAAGGGGUCAUGAUAGUCUCCGUCAAUUUGUUUUGCGUUGCCAACAACACAAAUGGCUGUCUAAUGUAUCGAUGGGUCGCCGUUUCUUAUUGAACCCGUUUUCUGUUGAUCCGGACCCCUUUGAAAAUUACGAUUAUUCUGUACCAAAUGUUUCUGAUACUUUGAACUCAGCUUGUGUAUACUCUGAUGCAGACUUUGAAUCCUGCUCCAAAUCUGGGGAAGCAAAAUGGGACGUUAUUUUAAAGGCUCAGAAAACUAGGCUGGCAACGAACAGAAGAAUCUUUUGCGCUUUCCGAGGUUUACCUCAGUUUGGACUAUGGGAUGCUGAGGUUGGUGAUACCGAGUCGACCAGUGAUGGCUCAUCUGAAAGUCUCUCUAACCUAACCAAUUCGGAGCAGCUGGUAGCACUGGUAGCUUCUUGCUAG